AUGGAGAAGUUACAAUGUGCAGUACAGACAUAUGAUUGGGGGCGUCAGGGGAGCCAAAGUGAAGUGGCCGCUUUAAUACAUGCAGCAAAUAAGCAAUUCGUUAUCGAUGAAACAAAACCAUACGCUGAGUUAUGGAUGGGUGUACAUCCAAAUGGGCCUUCAAAACUUGUAUCGAAUGGGAAACUUUUGUCAGAAAAAAUUGCGGAGUCGAAGUCUCUGCUUGCGAAUCAUGAAAAUGGAUCACUGCAGUUUUUGUUCAAAGUACUUUCGGUGAAUAAAGCAUUAUCAAUACAGAGCCAUCCGGAUAAGGAAAAAGCAAAAAUAUUGCACAAAAAUGAUCCGGCACACUAUCCUGAUAGUAAUCAUAAACCGGAGAUGGCAAUAGCUUUGUCGGAUUUUCAACUUUUGAGCGGCUUUCGUCCCUUUUACGAAAUUUGUGACAAUAUUGAAACUUUUCCCGAACUAUGGAACUUAAUAACUUCGAAAGAUGCAAUUGAAAAAUUGAAAACUGGAAAUGAUUUUGAAAAGCGCGAAGCCUUGAAGAAGAUAUUUUCUGAGUAUAUGCGUUCAUCAAACGAAAAUAUAUCUAAAGCAGUGCAGCAGUUGGGACUACGCCUAAAGAACAAGCACAAUCGUUCUGAUCUUGAAGAGUUACUUCUCCGAUUGAACAAUGAGUAUCCCGGUGAUGUAGGUGUCUUCGCACCACUUUUGAUAAAUUAUUUUACACUAAAAAAAGGAGACGCUGUUUUUAUGGGGCCAAAUUCUCCUCACGCAUAUCUUUUGGGAGAUUGUGUGGAAUGCAUGGCUUGCUCAGACAAUACUGUUCGUGCUGGACUAACAUCAAAAUUCAAGGAUGUGGAUACUCUUUGUUCAGACUUGACAUUCGAAAUGAUCCAGCCACCAUAUUUUUCUCCAAAAAUUAUUAGUCCUGGAAUAAGAGAAUAUGCGCCGCCGGUUGAAGAAUUUGCUGUGCAUGAAUUAAGGAGUGAGGCGAAUGAAUUGCGAGAUGUUGAUGCUAGCAGCAUUAUUAUCGUUAUAAAAGGCUCCACUGAAAUAUAUACUGGUACUGAAAAACUCAAAGUGGGCCGAGGUGAAAUAUACUUUGUCCCAGCGAAUGUGAAUCAUGUAAAUAUUAAACCGUCUAACGAUUUUUUGGCUUAUCGUGCUUUCACUCCUAAAAGAUAG